AUGGCUUCCGAGGCAUAUCGGGGCGAGGGUCCCCUUCUCAACCCUCAAGGCCCCGAAGGUCCUCCGGUAACGGUAACACGUAUCGAUUUCUCCGAAACCCCACUAGCAGAUCACUACAGCCCGUACUUCGCAAUGGUCAUAGACAAUCUUUUUACGCCAGAAGAGUGCGCUGCUAUCAUCGCAUCUGCCGGUUCCGACUGGAAGGCUCUCAACAUCGGUGAUUCAUGGCGUGAGUGCCAACGGAUUCUAUCCGUUUCGCCCGAAUGGGCCAAUGCCCUAUCCGAAAGGCUCGCGCCGCAUCUCCCCGACGAAGCGAAAGCUUUGAAGAAGGGCGAUUUACUAUCUGAGGAUAUCGCAGGCUCAUCAAAUCUGAAGGCCAGUCAAGGCGUUAAGAAAACUGUUUGGAGGUUCUCCGGGGCCAAUGAGAGGCUUAGCUUCUUGCGGUACCGAUCUGGGAACCACUUCAAGCCUCAUUGCGAUGCCUUAUUUUCUGCUAGUGACAAGGAAAAGAGCUUCCUCACAUGUCAGAUCUACCUGAGUGACAUGCCGGGAGGACAGGGCGACGGUGGAAGUUCGGGCGGUGAGACGAGGUUCUGGUCUAGUCGUGUUGGUAUGGGGAGAAAGAAAUCAGGAAAUAUAGAGAACGAUGACCAGCAGGUGAAGGAUGAAGCAUUUUUGGACGUCGAACCCAAGAUGGGCAGGGCCCUCGUGUUCCAACAACGAAUGCUAUGGCAUUCAGGGCAAGAGGUAAAGAAGGGGGAGAAAUUCACAGUGAGACUGGAUUUGAUGUACAAACAUCACCUUGAAAAGCUUUCAAGGAAAACUCAAGGGUCGGCGUUUCCCUUCUCAAUUCACCAAACUGAACGUCGCGACAGCAUUAAUAACUACAUUUUCGAGACCGACGAGUUCUUCCGCCAAGCCAACAAUAUUUUGUCUUCCACGGUUAUCAUUAUCAUGACCAAAGAAGAAGUUUGCGGCCCCUUCGACCGCCUACCCGUCGAAACAAUCAUUCAUAUAUUUUCCAGCGUGUCAAUCGUCAAGUCAGCCGUAUCACUUGGUCGAACCUCACGCAGGCUCCAGAAAAUCCUCAAGGAGCAUGAAUGCUUCAUUGCUUACGGUAUUGCUAUCGAAAUCCUCGAUGAUGAUGAUCCCUUGGUAGUCAGAUUGGCGUUGAUGGCAUGUCGGGCCCGUCUCAUUCCCGACCUACCUAUCGCUAGCGCUCGCAAUAUCGUCGAGACAUGUAUUAGUGAGGAUAAAAGGAUGCUCGAUUUCUGCCGACUCGAUUCUCUCAAACUCCUAUCUAAAAUGAGCACCGGCAUCGACCUCCUCAUCAACUGGAUGGCUACGUAUGCCGCAUUGUGGCCUCUAAAAUUGAAAGAUAAAACAUACACGGCCACCGAAAUCACGCGACAGAGACGAGUCUUCUACAUGAUGGAGGCAUCUUUUGCCACACUCUACCGAAUUCCAAAGGACCGUGAAAUUCAAAAAUUAUGGGUUCAACUCUGGUGGGACUUUUUUCCACGGCGCGAAACGAAUGCUGCCCAGCGCUUCAUUCUCGAUACGCAAUGGAACGCGCCAUGGUUGUAUGAUUGGAAUUGUUCGACGUAGAGCAAAGCUGUUGGCCGUGGAGAGAGUGAGGUAGCCCAAUGGCCAUGGCACGCACACGACGAACUUCGGACGAAGCUAUGGCUCCUGAAGUAUAGUGCUUGGGGUAACACGCCUCCCAGUUAUCUCCCUCUCGAUUUCUCAGCUCACACAGACUGGAUGUACUCCGACACCCCUGACGAUCCGUACAGUUCUAAUAAACUACCUUCAAAGGAGCUGAGAUGGGAUGACGCCGAAUGCUACUACGACCCUAAGGCAUGGAAGCAUCCCGGUUUGCAUAAUUGGUUCCCCAUCAUUGGGGACCAGGAUCGACGCGAAUUCAUAAAAGACCAAGGGAAGGCUUGGUCUUGGAAAGGGCUUAAGGGUCGUUCUAGGAUCAUAUGGCACGAUGAUCCAAAACGUUUCGGUUUGCCGAGCAGUACAGACAUACCUACCUACCUAGGUAGGUAGAUCUGAGACCAAUCCCGCUUGAUAAUAAAACGAACACAUCCGAUGCGGGAAUCGGGGCAGGAGCAAUUACAUGAAGCAGACUAGUUAGUUACCUAGCCUCUCAUUCUAAUUCCGAAUUAUGCGUAUGAUGAUUUGACGUGGCCAAACGAGAUACAUCCGCGUUAUCGCCCUUAUAGAACCAAGAUAAAUAAAUCAAA